AUGUGGAGUGACCUGAUGCUUAUGGAUGAAUCACCCAAGGAAGAAAAGACACAGCAGGUUGUUCUGAGGCUUCACACUCAGUACGUCAGCCACCCUGACACUAUUAAGCAGACAAAGAUUGACGGCGAGCUUCUGAAGCGCUGUGCCCGAAGGAAGGAGUACGGCAUCACCCAGGGGGAUGGAACACCUAAUAGCAUGGGCGAGCCCGUGUGCUCACCCACGCGGCUCCGAGCCCGGGGCGAGUCGGGUUUGCCCACGGGCUCUGGCAGUUCCACACGCGGCGUCGGGGCGCGGAUCGGCGGACGAGGGCAGAGAGUGAAGGAGGGAGAGAGUGGGGAAGCGGCGCGGGAGGCUGCGGCCUUCUCGAGUGUGGAGAGGCUUUCUGGUGCUUCCUUGAAGUGUUCUGCUCUUCCUGUACCUGUGCAGAAGGAGCAAGAUGAGAACAGACAGAAAUUCCCAGGUAAAAAAAUCAAGGGAAUCCAGCACAGGAAAUCUCCCAGCAGAAGCAAGAGUGUAGGUUCAGCAGUUUCAGACACAGCUGAGUGUGAAGAUUGGCAAGCAGCAGCCACGGCAAUGUGCUGGGAAGAGACUCUAAGAGGGACAGGUCAAAGUCAACAGCUGUUUUUCUCAGGAACUACUUUGCAGAGUAAGUUCUCAGCAGGGAGUCAAAGGUAUGAAUAUUUCUCAGAAGACCUGAAAUUCUCAGGUUACCACAAGAGUUCAAGGAACUCAGGAAAAGAAGGCAAUCGAUCCUGUAUGGAAAUAAAAUUAGAAGUCCCAUCCUUGAAAAGGGAAAUUGGGGGUACAGAGAAACAUGGAAUAUCCUGUUUUCCAGAACCAGGAGGUCUUCCACCCAAAAAGGUCGCAUGGAGUACUGAAGUGAAAUGCACUGACUCCAUAAUGAUGCAGAAUAUGCAAAUCUCAGAUUUUAGGAAGAAUUUGGGCACUCAGGAAACUGUUCCUGAACCAAAGCCUCAGCAAGAGGUUGAUAUGCCAGAGAGGUUGAAUGGGUGUGAAUUAGUUGGAUCAAGAACACUAGGGACACAGAAAAAAGAAAAGAGAUGCUUGGACAAGAAAGGCAGGAGACCAGUGGUGAAACCAAAAGUACAUGGUCCCAAAGAGGGGGAUGGUUCUGCCUUGCUAGAACAGCAUACACAGUGUCCAGAGUCCAGGAAAGGAGCUUUGAGUAUGAGGAACAGAAACACAUUGCUGUCACAGCAGCUGCAGGAUCUGAGUGGACAAGAACAACCAACAACCAGAAGAAGGAAGCAUUGCAUGAAAAAAGAGCAGCAGAACUCAAGCUCUCAGAAAGGACCAGACGACUCAGGGGAAAGUGCAGAGGAACAAUUGAAAGCAAUUGAGCAAGACUCUGGUACUUCACAGGCUGUGAAGAAGGUUAAGACAAAGCAAAACAGAGCAGAAGGUUCUAAGGAAAAGGAAUCUCACUAUUCUAGAUCUUUUGCAGUUUCUACAUCAGGUGACACUGAAAGCAACGACUUUCUGUGCCAUACUGUAACCAAAGAGCCUGAUGUGCAGUGUAGAAAAAGACAACGCAGAUCUGGUCAAAUCAGGCACUUGCACAGUUUAAGUGUGACUGCAGCUGAGAAAGUGAUAAAUACAUCUGCAAAGUGUGAUGCUGAACAUUGCAAUAAUGCCCUAAACCAUUGUAGUGGCUUGCUCGGUGCAACUGAUAAGAAUCCAUUUGUGAUAUUAGAGGACUGUAGUUACAUUAAUACAUUAGUGAAGCCUUCAGGUAGUGGAGCUACCAACAGUUAUAAAUUAAAUGGAUUCUUCCGUGUAGCCCAUGGUAGUAAAGACCUGAAUGACAGAAUUUGCAACACUGGUGGAAUGCAAAAUGAGAGAUCACUCGUAAAAGGUGGUUUAUCAUCUAACGAAGAGAAGAAUGAAAAUGAAGAAGGCUGUGUUACAUGCUGCCUGAGUGAAAGCAGUAAAUGUUUAAGGGGAAAAAAGUGGAAUAUUGGUAGAAAGCCUAGAAAAAAGAUGAAAAUCACAGAGAAGUCUGCAGACGUGGCUAGUAAAUGCAAGAAGUGUGAGUUAGAAACAGAAGCAGCAGUUGCCAUGUCAAGUUGCUUUGCAGUUUCAGGACUAAAUCAUAUUCUCUCAGCUUCAUGUGAUCAUACAUCAGCUUUUGAUGCAGAAAAAAAUACUCAUGAAGUACAAACUGUAUCAGCCUGGAGAAAGAAUAAUACCAAAUUACUUGCAUUUGAAACUGGAUUUAAGAAGACACCUGAGCUCUCUGUACUAGUAAAAGGAGAAAAUUCAAGCAGUGUGGCACAUUAUGCAGCUGCCUCUGAUAGUCUGAGAGUAUUAGCUCAGAUCCAUGAUGUUUCUGAUCGUCACAAAAACAAGACAGGAGGAAAUUUGAACAAAGUUAAUAGGAAGUUGCAGCAGUUUACCUGUCAAAGAACAAUACCUAUGGCUGGUAAAAAAGUUUGGCCCAUUGAAUCUUGUGCCAGGACUUCUGAAUGGUUUCUUAAAAAUCGUAGGUCUAUCUCAGAAGGAGAAGGAAUUUCAAAGGCUGCUUUUGAGGAUUUCUCUGAUAAAAGCAGUGUUAAAGCAGUAGGACAUAGUGCAGUGACUGGGAAUGUGAGACAGCUGGAUUUGCAUACAUCAUUGGCAGAAAUUACAAAAGAAAUUACACAUAAAAAGAUUGAUCCAAAUAUUGACUGUCAGGCUUCACUUGAAGCAACAGAAUCCUCUUCUGUGGGCAUUUAUGAGACUUGGACAAUGGGCAAUGAAAAUGGGGAAUCACCAGUUAAUACAGAUAGAAGUGCCGUGGCUUUUAACCAUGAUAAUGUGCAAGAAGUUAAAGCAACUUUGAAUUUUACAGCAAAACAAAAAGAUGAAAAUGAAGGAGAUAUAACAGAAAGAAACCUGUCUGUGACAGUCCAGAAUGGCACAUCAAAACAGACGAAUAAAAAUGAAGGGGGUGUGACAAAUAGAAACCUGCCUGCAAAGGUCAAGAGUGACACAACAAAACAAAAAGAUAAAAAUGAAGGAGAUAUGACAAAUAGAAACCUGGUUGCGACAGUCCAGAAUGGUGCAACAGAACAAAAGGAUAAACACGAAGGAGAUGUGACAAACAGAAACCUGCCUGCGAAUGUCCAGAAUGAUACUUGUACAAGUAACACAAACAGUAUAAACUUCAGCCCUAAAGUAUCAGUAGUGAAACAGACAUUUUCUGAUUUAAACCUAAUUAAACCAUUAACCUCUGGAAAAUUCGAAGUUCCUUUAUGCAGAAAAAAAUCCGAGUCCAAGAAACGGGAAUCUGUCCAUUCAUUUGAAAGCAAAACUUGUAGUCCACUAGAGCUUCCUGAAAGCACUAGUCCAGGAAGGCAGAAGACAGGUGGAGAGACUUUUUUGCUGAAAUCUGAGGAGUGUCCUCUUUCUGUCAUGAGUGAUGCUACAUCUCCAGCUUCCAUACAGACAAAAGCAGAUGAGAAUGACAGUAAGGACUUCCAGCACAGUGGCUCUGUAAACCUCUCUGAUGAGGUGUCUGUGCUCCCUGAAGGUUUCUCUGUGUAUCCACAUGUUCAUUUUGAUAGACAACCAGAGCCAUCUGUGCCUGAUUUCUACGACACUGAAUGUGUGCUGAAAUCUAGUUUCCCUGAUCAUUCUUGGAAUGCAGUCAACCACCUUGUUGGAUUGGAAAUACAUGGUGAUAGAAAAUCCAGAGGGAAUUUUUCCCAAUACAAAAGUCAAAAUUUGCCAGAUAUCCUUGAAGCUUACAACCAGGAUGUUCUUGUCAUUGAUGUGAUUCAGGAUGACCCUGACCUUUUUGGAGCCAGUAAUGAAGAGGAGCUUGCACAUGCACACUGUGAAAAUAGUCCAGUGAAGGCAUCCUCUACAAACUGCAUUAAAGACACAAAGGUGUAUAUUAAGCCGGAGUCUCCCAUUACCUCAGAAAAGACAUACUCAGAAAAGAGUAAUUUUAGAUGCAUGCAAGAAUCUGGAAUGUCAAGUGAUACUGAAAAUUCUUGUAAUUUGAUGUUAAAAGCUGAAGAUGUGAAAACUCACAACUCCUCCAGAGGAAGCAGUCCUUCAAGAGAUGUUAGUGAGGACUUCCUUAAAGAUGGGCAACAGAGCAAACUAGAUGAACUCUUGACGAGUUUGGACGUGGAUGAAAAGUUCAAACUUGCAGAUGGAGUGCCUGAUAUUGAAGAAGAAAACAAGAGUGAAGCUGGAAAAAGCAGUGACUCUAAAUGCGAAGUGAACAGUGAAUUGCUAUCAGGAUUACCACUGAAUGACCAAAAAGUAAAUCUCUUCAGUGGAAGUACAGAGAUGAAAUCCUGGACAAAUGGUUACAAAUCUUCAGCAAGAAGUACUUUACUGCCAGUGAGGAAUUGUGGAGAUUUUGAGCCAUGGAAGAUGGAGAGAAAUGCAAUUGCUUGUCAUUCAGUCCAGCAGAUCCUUGAUACACUUAACUUGCCCCGUAAAUACUGCAGAUACUAUUUUAUGACUUCACGUGGGUGUGAAAGAACAAAAUGUUGGUUCUGUCACGUUCCUGGACAUGGGGAUGAAAAGAUUUGCAUGGCAAUUCUUAGGACAUACAUCAGUAUCAAAGAGUCAGGCCUCCUAAAACGUGCAGUCCAGAUUUUUGUGCAGUAUUACAAAGAAGUUACUCCUGGUGUGGAUUUUGCUUCUGAAGUGCUCAAUGGUCUUCUUGUUUCAUUGCUCAGCAACUGUAUGUUGCAGGAAGUAUUUCAGAUAUUGAAUGUAAUUGUACAAACCAAGACACUGCCAGCUGUAGAUGUUCUUCUGAAAAUUUUUGAGCACGUGGCUUCUUUGAAUAUCAGAAAUGCUGUGCCUACAUUAAUUAGUACCUUCUGUAAGCUCAUUGAUGCUGGUAUCUUCCUUGAGUUAGAACAUUUUGACUACAUUAUUAAGUUACUUCACCAAUUGCAUGUUUCCAAUUGGGAAAUGAGUACUGUGUUGAACAUAAAAUCUAGAUUUAAGGAAAGGUAUUUUGAAAAGACAUGGAUUUUUGACUUCAACUUGGCAGUGGCUGAAAUUCAGCAUUGCAAGGUAAAAAGAGAUUGGAUCAAGCUGGGAGCUUUGUAUCUUAAUGCAAGAACUGGAUGUGAACAUUUUGAUGAUCUUCAGAAAUUGUUUUUAUCGAUUGCUGAAAUUCUAACCAAAGCUUCUGAGACAGACAAACCAGGAGUCCCUUUUUGCAAUUUCGCUGAUGCAGUAAUGAAAAAUUCACACCAUAAUAAAGCAGACAGACUUUUCAUUGGAAGGACUGGGAUAAGUGUAAUGUAUUCGUAUCACAAAGUACUGCAGUGGGUAAAGGGAAGCAAGGUUUUGGAUAAACUGCAUGACCUACAGAUAAAUUUUACACUCUUGAAAGGACUUAUAGGUCCAGGGAGGUCAGCAUCCAGAUGUCAGAUUGUUAAUAAAGCCACAGAAAUCUUUCUGCAUUCUGGAAAUUUGGAUGGAGCAAUUCGGGUAUUGAGAGAGUCAGAGUGGACUACAGAUGCACCAUUGUGGCCCUGUGAUAAAAUGGACAUCCUCAAUCGACAUAAUCUGUUGUGUGCAAUAGUGCACAAAUACUUGAGGAAGAGUUUGUACAGGCAAGCAUUUGAAGUUCUGCAGAACUUACCAGGUUUGCAGAAACAUUCUGAUAUUAUAGAUGCUUCUCAAUACAGCUGCCUUUUUAACAAGCUGAUAAAUGCCUGUUUUGAGAACAAGAACCUUGGGGUCUCAUCUUCUGCAGUAGACUUCAUGCUUUCCAGGAAGAUUGCGAUUGAUUUUGUUUUACUUAGAGGAUUAAUCACGGCUUUGGGAAGAAGUUCUUUAUGGUCCAAAGCCAGGACCUACUACAAAAAUGCUUUAUCACUGGGUUGUUACCCAGAGCUGCAGGGAAAUUUAUAUCACAAACUUCUGAACAUUCCCUCUUACCUGUCUGAAGUUGAGAUGCUGUUGACCAUUGAAAUAUUUCUUGUCUCAAACGCCAGUGAUAUUCAAAGUCCAAAGACUAGUCAGGCUCUUCAAAUAAUACUGAAAAGAUCUGAAGAUGCAGUUCAGAAUAACAGUGCCUAUCACAGGGCAGUGGAAAGGCUGAUCCAGGCUGCUCAGUUAUCUGAUCCAAAGCUUUUUCUUAAGCAUAUGACAAUGAAUGUUAAUAUGGAAGAAGUUUACAGCCUGGAGCAUUCAUCUGCUCUAAAAUGGCUUCAGGAAAAUAUGGAAUGGGCUGAGAAGGUCUGGCUGUUUCAAUAAUUACUAAAUAGUUUUCACUGUAUUCAGACUGUGUCUUACUGAUUUACAGCAAGGUUUCAAACUCAAGUUGUGGUUUUAAAUACUAUAUUGAUGAUAAUGCAGAUAGCAG